AUGUCUGUCUCUUUGGGAACAAUCCCAAGGAACCUUCCUGAAGAGUUCAAGCAAGUGAGAAUUGAAAAUUCACCCUUAUUUGAACUGCCUCAAGGGUCUUUCAUCAAUAUGAGCACCUUGGAGUACCUUUGGCUUAAUUUUAACAAUGUCACUGUAAUCCACCUAGGAGCGCUGGAACACCUGUCAGAACUGAAAGAGCUGAGGCUAGAGGGGAACAAACUCCGGUCAGUACCAUGGACAGCGUUCCGUGCCACCCCACUUCUGAGAGUUUUGGACCUCAAACACAACAAGAUUGAUGUACUCCCUGAAUUGGCUCUUCAGUUCUUGGUCAACUUGACCUACCUUGACCUGUCCUCCAAUAGGCUUACAGUUGUAUCCAAGAGUGUCUUCUUGAACUGGCCAGCCUACCAGAAACGCUGGCAGCCUGGCUGUGGGGCUGAGAUUCUCUCUAGCAUGGUGCUGGCACUGCACAACAACCCCUGGCUGUGUGAUUGUCGCCUAAGGGGACUUGUCCAGUUUGUAAAGUCCAUCAGGCUUCCAGUCAUCCUGGUAAAUCCCUACCUCCUGUGCCGAGGUCCUCUCUCCAAGGCAGGACAUCUUUUUCAUGAAACAGAGCUCAGCAUUUGCAUGAAGCCUCAAAUCUCAACCUCCAGUGCUAAUGUCAGUAUCCAGAUAGGACAAAAUGUGACUCUGCGGUGCUUGGCACAGGCUAGCCCCUCACCAACUAUUUCGUGGACUUAUCCCCUGAGCACGUGGAGAGAAUUUGAUGGUAAGGCUGUUUUGCUCUCUCUCCACCCAGUGCUGACCUCGUCUCCUGCAGAAGAUGCUGCUCUGUCUGAGCUGGUCAUACCUGCUGCCCACCUGAUAGACAGGGGCAAUUACACCUGUGUGGCCUCCAACUCCAUUGGCAGGAGCACCCUUGUCAUCUCCCUUCACGUCCAGCCCAUCCAGACCCUGCCUGCACCCCAUUCUCUUUUCUCCCCUUCGGAGGGCAAUGCUUAUGUUGACCUGCGGGUUGUCAAGCAGACUGUGCGUGGGAUCCUACUGGAGUGGUUUGCAGUGGACGACACCCCUGAGAAGUGGUUCACCCUCUACAUUGCGUCAGAUGAAGCCCUCAGGAAGGAGGUGGUUCACAUGGGCCCCGGAAUCAACACAUAUGCCGUCGAUGACCUCCUCCCUGGUACAAAGUAUGAGGCCUGCCUUAGCCUGGGGGGUCAGCCACCACGCCAGGGCCGGUGUGUGGUCUUUGUGACAGGCAGAGACCACAGCCGGCUGGAGGGGCGGGAGCGCCUCUUGCAUACCACAGUGAUCCUCUGCAUCGUGCUGCUUGCGGUGCCCGUGGGCGCCUAUGUUUGGGCUGCUCAGGCCCCCUGCAGCUGCAGGGAGUGGGUUCUGCCCCUCUGUGCUCAUCGUAAGAGAGCCCCCAGGUGCCCCCUUGCCAUCCCACAGCACAUGGACCGCUCCUAUACAGACGACACAGCUGUCUGUGAGGAAGGCCUGGAGCACAGAGAUGCUGAGGGGGAGGGGGACAGGCAGAAAGAGAGGGAGAUAGUGGCUGAACAGCCUUGGGCUGGAGAAGGUGAGGGGAAUGCUGCAGGCCUCUAG